AUGUACACGAAAGAUAAUAAGGAAGUAGUGAUGGUGUAUGAAAAAAAUAAGCAGAUGCUUAUUGAUGAAACUGGGGAAAAAUUCACUAACAAACAAUCUGAAAAUCUUGAUUUAACUGGAUCACCGCUCAAACUAGAUUUGAGUUUACACACUGUACUUGACGAAACCUUUUCAUCUGAUGAACCACAGUUAUGGACUAAAGAGGAAGGAUCCCAUGGUCCUAUAAGCAUAGAUAAAGCAAGAGAAAUUGCUAACCUUUACAACUCUAACCGUUUAGAAUCAACAGAGGAAACACUGCCAAUGUGGAUUCUAACCACGCCUACAGAUCAAAUCAAAGCUCUGUUACUAUAUGUUCAACCAGAUAAAAGAAAGUUCAACCGAGGUAUUGUGACAUACGAAGGGUCUCGUGGAUUUGAAGACAUUGAUAUUGGAGAAUUGGUAGAGAACUAUGCUAAGGAAGAGAAUUUGAGUAUUGAUUCGAUAAAUAUUACAAUAGACUGCAAGUACAUCAUAACCGGUGUAUCAUACAGUUCCUAUAAUUCAGAGGAACUAUUAAAUAUCCCACACAGCGGCCUAACACAGUUAAAGUGUGAAUGGAAUACGAAAACCCUUCAGACACCUUAUAUUAGCUGUAAAGUGCUUUUUGAGCAGGAGGUGAUAGUUGGACAUUUAGCUAGUCCAUGCAAUGCUGUGUGGAAGUCCGUAUGCGCCCUACACAAUCUCAAUCAGAUAUUAGUUGACAUGACUGCGGCUGGAUUCAAUACUGUCAAUUUGGAGACAGCUCAAAUAAGAGCCAACAUUCAAAACGCGAAACAUCCGAACAACGCUAAACGCCUCACCGAUUUGCUGAACGAAACUGAACUCUAUGCCUACACUGCAGAGUGCCCGGCCGGCGGCUGCAUCUGUGUCGACGAGGACACGACCAGCCUCGGCCAGUGCAUGACUCGGAUGAACACGAACGGCUCGAGUAAUGACUUCACGUACAAACUGUGGGAUAUAUUGCGCGAUUGUGAAACAGCCGAGGAACUCAUAACAUUGUUAUUGGAAGCUCUUAAAUUCAUAUCCUCUGGAAAAAUAAGACCAUUUAUAGACGCAAACAACAAAACUUUCUUGUCGAAAAUAGUUCUCAAACUAUCCAGAGGUCACUCUCAAACGUCCAAGGUCUUGAAGAAUCUUCGAUCAAGUCCACCACAAGCGCUAUCCUUGGUCGCUCAAGUCGGUAUAGAAAAGACCAUGUGGGAGUACACCAAAGUAAUGUCCCUUCUGGAGCAUUCCUUCUAUAUAGCAGGCAUCUGGAACACCGAUGCCAGGAGCCACGAGUCAAUAGAGCAGAUCAACCAAACGAUACAAGACAUGACGAUGAGCGGUGGCGAUUUCACCCUCAACCCGUUCGAGAGUCUCAGCGCCGGAGAGAACUCGAUACGACUAGACGCGGACUCGUUCUACGUUGACGAUGCCAACGAAUUGACCGUCGAUGAUUUCGCGUCCCUGAAGAAGCACGGUCUCGUCAGCGACAAGAAGGACGUUAAUGAGGUACCCUUAAUAACGGACGAAAUAGACAUAAAUCCUUGGAAGAAUUUACUAACAAAGUUCGCUCAAGUACACGUCUGCUUAGAACACUUACAUCGGGCAGAGACCAGCCUUAGAUCUGACUUUGAAAGUCUAAAGCCUGUAGCAUCGAAGCUUCUAGAACAUUAUGUUGCGGAUAAAUCACCGAUUCGUACAGUUGGACAGCUUCUGAGCGAUCCGGUGCAGAGGAUUGCUAUGUCAAUAUCAAACAACAUAGUACAAGAUCAUUUGAAGAAACCCGCUUUCUGGUAUCGCGUGGAAAUGACAAGCAAUGAACGUCAAACAGAACAAUGCUUCAAAAAGGAAUCUAAAGUAGUGUACGUGUUUUCACAACAACCAGUAUUUUCGCCUUCAGUUUGGCAACAUUUAGAGCCACAUGUUGACGAAGUUGCAGAAGUGACCAUUACAGCAGCUGAGGAGCUAAAAUAUUAUAUCACCAAGUACAAAUAUAUUAGUAAUAAGAUGAUGAAUAAGAUAGUUUUAAAAUAAUUUACAACAGCUUUUAAAUUUGGAAAGUUUUGUUGUAUAGUAGAGCGUAUAGGCAGCCCGCGCUCGCAGGUUCCGAUAUCUCGCUUGUUUUAAGCUAAAUUGUAAACAUUUAUCAGAAUGUAGUACAACGCCAUCUAUCGCACGUAGGCUUAAAUUAUUUUAUCGAAACAAGAUGUCGACGUGAAAUGUGAUUAGGUAAUUAUUUGUAAAACAUUUUUGUAAAUAUAGAGAUUAAGCAUAGCUUAA